AUGUCGAAUGUUCCAAACAUAGCAGUUAUUGAAAUAUUCGGAUAUGAAGCCGUACCGAUGCUGAGCACAAUUCGUAAACAGUCAAAAGAUCUGAUAGUGAAUCUCGACGAGUCAUAUUUCGAUGAACGUAUGAAACAAAUGCUUAUCAUAGCAAAUAGUUUCUACAAUUUCGAUUCCGAUACAGCAGUGACAAUAACUUGGAAAAAUCAUCCGCUCGCAGACCUUAUGCCGAAGCAAUCGCGCAUUGAAUGUAUGCCGCAAACUCAACCGCUACCCGACAUGACAAGUUGUGAGGCGAAGAACUGUAUAUUCGACAGAGAUGCAGGGGAAGGUAUUCCGACAUGUUACUAUCCACGUAUCAGUGGAUAUAAAAUAAAGCAAAAAGAUCACAGUGCAAUGAUUCUCGAAAAAUAUGGAACGAUCGAAACACCGUAUGGCAAGAGUCUCAAAGAAAUCUCAUUCUCAACUUCCUACCUGAAAGAGUCAACUUUAAAUGUUCGAAUUGGUGCACCAGGAAGAUUCGAGCCUCCGCUACAUUUCCCGAAAGAGUCGUUCUUCACAAACGAAACGUUCACCGUGAAGACCUCGAAUGAAACUGGCAUCUUUUCAUUCAAAGUGAUAAGAGUCUCAAACAAUAGAACCAUUUGGGAUACUUCAAUUGGCGGCAUGAUGUUCGCCGAUCAAUUCAUACAAAUCGGUGCAUUCAUUGGCUCGUCACAAAUCUACGGUAUAGGAGAGAAUCAACAAUGGAGAUUGAGGCAUAACAUCAUGCAAUAUACGACAUGGCCAAUGAUGGCACGAGACCAACCGCCUGAUUCUGAGCGGUCCAGAAGCUUGAUCAAGAAGAAUCUUUACGGAGUGUAUCCGUUCUAUUUGGCAGUUGAGAACGACUACAAAGCACAUGGAGUUUUAAUCGUCAACAGUAAUCCACAGGAGAUAACAUUAGGUCCCGCUCCGCAUUUUGUAUAUCGAACGAUUGGUGGCAUGCUUGACAUAUACUUCUUCCCAGGUCCUUCUCCUCAAGACGUUAUUCGUCAGUAUCUCGCACUCGUUGGUCAUCCAACUGUCCCAGCCUAUUGGGCUCUUGGAUUUCAGAUUAGUCGUUAUGGCUACAAAAGCUUGUCCGAAGUGAAGGCUGUUGUCAACGAUAUGCGUAAAGCGGGUAUUCCGCUUGAUGUUGUCUACGCUGAUAUUGACUACAUGGACAGAUAUCAGGAUUUCACUAUUGGCAAGGUGACGUUGUUAAAAUUAGAUGCGAAAAGUGUUAAUUGA